CCCCUUUUAUCCUCCUCCUCCUCCUCCAGGCCGGAGCUUUUGUUUUUCUUCCCAGCUUUCUGUUUUCCACACGUGAUUGCUGUGUUGUUGCACCGAGCGUUUGACGGGGCGAGUGUUACCUAUAAAAGCCAAUAACUUUGGCAAGGGGGGGGGGAGAGAAAAAGGCUGGAGCAAAAGGACGCCAGCCAGGGAAGGAAGAGGAGGAGGAGGUGAAGGAAGAGAAGGCUGCUGUACAAAGUCGGGCGCGCUGUCCAUGCAGGCAGCCGAGGGGAAGGAGGGAAACAUGUCAUGCCUGCCCCGACUCCCCUCCGCUGCGCGGCUGCGACUCCACCGCCCUGCCGCCGGCUGCUGACCCUCCGCCCGCCGCCUGAGAGCUCGUGCCUAUCGCGGCGAUUAUCACUCUUGCCCACUCCGAGGGCGGGAGAGGCGGCGGCGGGCGGGCGCGACAGACAAUGGCGGCGGCGGCUGCUCCUACCGCCGCCAACAGCGGCAGCAGCAGCCCAGUUCGUGCCAACAACGGCGGCGGCGGCGGCACAUUCCACCAGCAGCUAGAGCCCUGCCUGAGGAAGCCGCCGCCGCCGCCGCGCAUGGACCCCAGGCGCAGGCAGGCAGCGCUCUCUUUCCUCACCAACAUCUCGCUGGACGGGCGGCCCGCCGUGCCGCAAGACGACGAGGGCGGCGUCGGAGGAGGAGGCGGCGGCGAGCAGAGCAGCGUCGGCGCUGCAGCACUGGCGGCCGCGAGGGUGGCUUCUGCAGCAGCAGCCUGCAGCAACGGCAGCGCUAGGACUCGCCACAGCCUGGGCGCUUUCCAGCCCGUCGCCCCGCAGGCUUACCCUAGCGCCUCCUGCAGCGGCGCCGCCAGGCUCACGAGCCCAUCGAGGGUGGCUGGACAGCAGCAGGAAGAGGACGAGGAUGAGGACGAAGAUGCCUUUGCUCCCGUGCAGGUGCCCGCCGCCGCCGCCUUCCUGGGCUCCUGCGGGACCCCCUCGGCGGGCGGCGCAAGAGGUCGCCUCAACUCUUUCACUCAGGGAAUCCUGCCAGUCUCCUUCGCCAGAGCCGUCCCGCAGAACUAUUGCUGCCUCGAGCAAGGCCCUGCGGGCACCAGCGCCUUCGAGCUCCAGAGGUCCCGACGUCGGUUGAUUUCCCAAAGGUCUUCACUGGAGACUUUAGAAGAUAUUGAGGAAAAUGCUCCUUUACGGAGAUGCCGGACUCUGUCAGGCUCACCCAGACCAAAGAACUUUAAGAAGGUUCAUUUCAUCAAGAAUAUGCGACAGAAUGAUACAAGGAAUGGCAGAAUAGUCCUUAUUAGUGGCAGAAGAUCCUUCUGCAGCAUAUUUUCAGUGCUGCCGUAUCGGGACUGUAGCCAUGUUGGGGAUAUGAAAGCAGAAGGUGGGAGGCCAUGCCAUGUUGCAGCAGGGGUUUGCUUGAAAGACAUAGUUGGCCUUGAAGGUGUGGAAUUGGGAGCCAAUGGGAAGACUGUUUCUUACACCCAGUUUCUCUUCCCAACCAACGCUUUGGGAGGACGAAGAAACACGAUAGACUCCACCUCAUCCUUCUCACAAUUUCGCAAUGCAAGCCAUCGUAGCCUUUCAUUGGGAAGGGCUAACAGCACCCAAGGGAGCAUGGAUGGAGGCAGUGACCUGGGAGAUUAUAUUGAGUACAACCCUAAUCUUUUGGAUGAUCCUCAGUGGCCGUGUGGGAAGCACAAGCGGGUGUUAAUAUUCCCUUCAUAUAUGACAACAGUAAUUGAUUAUGUGAAGCCAUCAGACCUUAAGAAAGAUAUGAAUGAGACCUUCAAGGAAAAGUUUCCUUACAUCAAGCUGACACUCAGUAAAAUAAGAAGCCUGAAGCGAGAGAUGCGCAAACUAGCUCAAGAAGACUGUGGUUUUGAGGAACCCACCGUGGCUAUGGCCUUCGUCUAUUUUGAGAAGCUUGCUCUCAAGGGGAAACUCAACAAGCAGAACAGAAAGCUCUGUGCUGGAGCAUGUGUCCUACUAGCUGCCAAAAUCGGCAGUGACCUCAAAAAGCAUGAUGUGAAACAUCUUAUCGAUAAACUGGAAGAGAAGUUCCGAUUGAACAGGAGGGAGCUGAUUGCCUUUGAAUUCCCAGUGUUAGUGGCCUUGGAAUUCGCUCUCCAUCUACCUGAACAUGAAGUGAUGCCACAUUAUAGACGCUUGAUCCAGAAUUCCUAGCACAGGCUACCCUUCCAAGAAGAGGGAGGGGUUUAAAAACUUUUUGUUCCCUGUUGAGCUCAGAAGAGCAGCAGUUACUACUGGAAAUGCAAAAAUAGGGGCACAGAUGCCCCAACACCCUUUGUUCUCUUUUCAGUGCAGCUUUUCAACCUGAUCGUAGGAAUAAUUCCUUAAGACUCUCAGGCUAGACGAACUGUUUUAACUACUCGACGCAAGUGAUGAAUGAGUUGCAUGUGAGUGAGCAGUGGGUGGAGCAGAUUCACACCACUUGGACAAAAAAAAGAAAAAGAACUUCCUUGAGUUCCCCAUAAACUUUCCUGCGAGUAGAAGGAAGAUAAAACAGCAGCCUUCAUUUCACACUUUAUUUAAACUAUACAUACUGCUCCUGUGGAAACCUCAUCAGCUUUCCUAGAAGCAGUUUCCAUAGUACAAAAGGAUUCCUAAAGCAAUGACAGGUUGCGCAAGAUACCUUCACUGUGUCAACAACGUGCCAAUCUAUUUUUGUAUCUGUUAUUGAAAGUGCACUUUUCCUGGUGGGUGGGACGAUGAUUUAGUUGAGAGAUGCUGAGCAGGUUUGGAAUCAGGUGGAAGGAAGCCUUGGAUCAUUGCUAGAAUUUUGUUUACUAAAGGCCAGAGGACAACUUUUCUCUAUUUGCUAAAAGACAUAAUUACUGAAAGGGAGGUAAUCUGGGUUCAUUUGAAUAACCAGGCAUCCCUGGUUAUUAGUUUGUUUUCCCUGCAUCAGCAUCUUUUAUUUUUUAUAUAUAGAUUACACUACUUUUAAAAAAAAGUAUGACACCUACAAGUGAGAAACCAACAGCUGCUUUUAUGUUUUCACUUUUGUAUGUGAUGCCAUUCAAAUGUUCAGUAUGGAAGAGAGAUGACAUUUUGAAAGUGUCUUGUUUUAAGCCACAUGCAUACUUCUAACCUCUGUACUUUCCCUCUGUGGAGAUGGUUAGACUUGCACUCUGUAGUGUUUGUAUUUUGUGCUCUAUGUUAGAGUGCAUUCUGAGGCACGUUGAUGGUGCUGUAUGUUUAAACAGUGUUUUUUAAAAACCAACUUGUACAGCCAAGGACCAGAAUUGGCAGCCUAGGGCCUUGAUAACAGACACUUGCCUCAAGUGUGGGUAAUUUUUUGUUGCUGCUGCUGUUGUUUUUAAAUAGAAUUGGCUGUACAAAUCAAAUUUCAGAGUAGGGGGGGGCACUGAAAUUGUUACAUUUUUUCAUACUCCUCCAGAUACUUCACUACUUUGCAAACUUAUAGUACUUUAAUUGUGUUCAUAAAUUACAAAACCCAGGCUGAGAUGCAAAGCUUAUACAAUCCCCAUGUAUGUUCUGUUUUCUAAAUAUUUGUAUGUGUGCAUUUGGGGUUGUAUAUAAUGUAGCACUAAGGUGAAUGUUCUGCCUGGAGACGAAUUUCUCCUUGAGCAAGGGAACAUUCCUGCCCUCUUCCCACCCCCCACCCCCCACGAACAGCCUAAACAUGUUCUGAGGCUUUCUCCAGCCCUCUAGAGCAAUUUGGGGGCAGUGAGGGGCAUGUGCAGGAGGAGGAGAGCGGGGAAAUCCCGUUGGAUAGCACUAAUCCUUGUGCUAGCCCAACUAUUUAGUUACAUUCCGCCUGCAUGUGUAUAUGUGUGUAUAUACAUGCGUAUGCACACAUAUACACAAUAUGAGAAGAUAAUGACAGCUGGAUGUUCUUGCUACUAUGCUAGAGGACAUGCAACAAAGAAUUAAAUUUACUAUUUUUAUAUGUAGUUAAUGUACAUGUCCCACUUUCUAGUGCAGAUUCAGUUAACACAGUUCUUGGCUGACACAUUGACUUCAAUAAAGUUGAGUAUUUUACUGUUUAUAGCAUAAUACAAUUAAUUGAGCAACAGUUGUGCCCACCAAUAUAAUUACCCCCCCCCCAAUAGCAGUCAUUAGCGACACUGGAAAUGACAGAAGUUGGGAACAAAAGUAGAGCCAAUACAAUACAAAACUCCAUUGAAACCUGUAGAUUUUGAAACAAAAAUCCACUUUAUUGGUGUAGCUCUGCUUCCUCUUUUUGGCUUUCAAACACGAAUGCUCCAUUGUCUGACUUGUAUAUUGCAAGUAUAAACUAAAAAUAUAUUGAAUGAUACAUCCGUUAGAGGAACUAAGAAUAAAAUUCUGUUGUUAAAGUAAAAAAAAACUACCAGCUCCAGAAUUCUCGCUCACUUGCCCUCUUCCACAUUCAUGUAUUUCCAUAAGCUGGUUUGAAGAAUGGAGAAAAACACUAUAUAGUUUUCUGCAACUUCAAGGAAAUUAAGGGAAUUUGCAUUUUCUGCAUCUUCAUUUAGCCGAACCCCAAAAAUGUAUAUUCUGCAUAGCCUCAAGACCAUAAGCUAUUCCGCAGUGCAUAGUUUAAAGGUUUAUUGAUUAGAACAAUUGUUACCAUUUAAAAAGAUUUCACUUUAGGGUGGGUCUGGCUUCAGCUGUGGUCCAGUGCAUAUUAUUUGGAGGGCCUAAGACCCAAGUGCAUACAUAAGAUAACACAGGAUGUUUUAUCAUUCCUUUACCGUUAUCAUUUUGCAUGAAAAGACUGUUCUUUGAUGGCAAAAUUCAGAGUGGAGAAUAAUGGCACUUUGUAAACCAAAGGAACACCCUGUGCUCUGGCCACCUCCUAACCCGAAACAGCAUCUGUGCCUUCAACAAUUUUGGGAGAAAGUGACCCCCCGUCCCUGGACCCUCUGUUGCUGCGGAGAGCUAUUCACCCACAUUCCUCUCCUAUUUGCUGUGGGGCAGUAUCCCUGUUAAUAUGGAAUCCCUCCUCCUUUAAAAAGAGGUGGUGCAGACUGCAUAGUGGGUGUGAAUCCUUGGCUGAUGCCUUUCUGAGGCUACCAGGGACAGAAAGUACACCACUGCAGUCCCAUUACGUCAGUGUGGGUUUGCGUAGUGCAAAUGCAGUUCUAAAUCCUUUCAAUAUCUAUGCAGGUUUAUGCAGAGUCAAGAUAUGGAAAUUAGCCCUCAUCAGCAAACUGGACAGGAUUCUUGAAUGGCAUGUUCAUUGGAAACAUCCUGCUUUCGUUUGCAGAAAAAACUUUGUAGCAUAAAUUGAAGCCAUACUGAUGAAAUGUCAAUGCACAAAACAUGACUGAAGUAAACUAUAGUAAUUCUCCCUUCUUUCUCCAAGAUUGCAUUAAAAAUAGCAAUGAAAUGGUGAAUAAAAGAAAAAAGUUUUAUUUUUGUUUCUCAACCAAGAAUUUUGACUUGUAAAUAGUUCCAUGAAAAAAAAAAAGACAUGGGCUUUUAGAAAAUCCAUUUCUUUUCUCUUCAUAAUGUUUUGAGAUGAUGUACUAUGCACU